ACACUUUUUGGCGCGUUGCAUUUGAGUAAUGUUUUCUUUAUACAAUGUCCAAAAGGAAAUUUACAAGCAAAGGCUCAACACCAGAACAUAAUGUGCCUAUUAAACGAGUUUGUGUCGACCAUAAUAGACCCGAACAAAGCAUGGAAAUGAGCGAGAGUAUAUUUUGGCCGGACAAUGAUGCCAGUUUCUUUUCAAAUGCAAAGUUGGAGGAUUUGUUUAGUGGACAAAAUAAUGUCGUAUCUGCACCUUUCAGUAGUCAAACCAGCAAUAAGUUUCAUCAGAGCCAGUCGGAUGACAGUCUCUUUGGUGAUAUUUCAAUGCCCAGUUCAGACGAAACAGCGCAGGUGGCGGCGAAGACUGAAGAAAAGAACAGCAUAAAAGAGCAGAGCUUCAAAGAGAUCAAUCUCAAUGACCUGACAGUUACUGAAAUGGAGAAUAUUUUCCAUGGUGGUGAUGAUUAUAGCGACCCUCUUGUACAAAAUACACAACUUUUUAUGGACGCAGUGGCUUUUAAAGUUCCCAAAUCUCCAGAUCGACUACAAAUACCCGCUACUCAAACCAAAGAAGACUCCAUGUCAAUGUCCUUCAUAUCCAAGUCCAUUUUGGAAGGUAUUGUGCAGGGCACACAGUAUGCAACAUAUGAAGCGCUACAGAACCGUUCCAUGCUACAGGCACAGCAAGAAAUUGCAGCGCUCGAUCAGUUGGACUGGCAGACGCAGGCGUUUUCCGAAUUCGAAACCUCUAAGGAAGAGCACAACAACAGCUUUCCCAGUAAAGGAGAUUUUUAUGGACUGCCGGAUAAGGUGAAGAAGUUAAUAUUCGAGCACAAGGGCAUCAAAAGUUUAUAUGAAUGGCAGGAUGAAUGUUUGAAUCUGCCUGCCAUACACAAGCGUAAGAAUCUUAUUUAUGCUUUGCCCACUAGCGGUGGCAAGACUUUGGUUGCCGAAAUCCUAAUGUUGCGCGAGCUGCUUUGCCGGGAACGCAAUGUCCUCUUCAUAUUGCCAUAUGUGUCCAUCGUGCAGGAGAAGGUGAGCGCAAUGUCACCUUUUGCCAUUGCACUCGACUUCAUUGUGGAUGAGUACACGGCGGGCAAGGGCAAAUGCCCGCCACAGCCGCAACGCAAGCGACGCAGCCUGUUUGUAGCAUCUAUCGAGAAGGGCGCCGUUCUAAUGGACAGUCUGAUCGAUGCGCAAAGGGCACAUGAAAUCGGCAUGGUAGUUGUUGAUGAGCUGCAUUUGAUUGGCGAACGCGGACGCGGUGCGACACUAGAGGCUUUCCUAACGAAGAUCAUGUUUUUGAAAGCCAACAUUCAAAUUGUCGGCAUGAGCGCCACCAUUGGCAAUCUGAAUGAAAUCUCAUCUUUUCUCAAUGCGGAUGUGUAUACGCGGGGCUUUCGUCCGGUGGAGCUUAAGGAAUUCAUUAAAUGUGGAAAUGAUUUGCUGGAAAUCAAUUCAGCUGGACAAACGGUUGAGGAGAUUUUUGUGCCUAGUCGCACGGUUAACUACAAUUACAGCGCUGCUGUGGAGCGUGCCGAUCCUGAUCAUUUGGCUGGCUUGAUAACCGAAUGUGCUCCGGAGCAUUGCUGUCUGGUUUUUUGUCCCACGCGCAAAAACUGUGAGAAUGUAGCGCUGCUACUAAGCCGCAUUGUGCCCAAGCAAAAGUUCUUUGAGCAUCGGCAGAGCGAAAAAGCUGAUCUCAUGAACGCUCUGGACAAGAUGUGUGGCAUUCUAAGUCCGGUGCUGGCCAAAACAUUGCCGUAUGGCAUUGCCUAUCAUCAUUCUGGCCUCACCACGGACGAGCGCAAAUAUAUUGAAACUGCAUAUCGGUUUGGCGUCAUCACAGUCAUUUGCUGCACCUCCACGCUGGCUGCGGGUGUCAAUCUGCCAGCCAAGCGUGUAAUCAUUCGUGCGCCCUAUGUGGGUCAAGAGUUCAUGACGUUGUGCAAGUACAAGCAAAUGGUCGGACGGGCAGGUCGUGCUGGUCUUGGUGAAGCUGGUGAAAGUAUUCUCAUUACCCAGAGCAAGGACAAUGCUCUGGUUGGCCAGAUGCUCUUCUCUCCCAUGGACAAGGCACUGAGUUCGCUGGAUCAGUUCGAAGCUGUUGGCUUGCAGUCUCUAAUACUGAGCGUCAUUGGCCUGAACCUUGCUGACUGCAGACGCGAUCUCAAUCGGCUAGUGAACAGCACUUUGUUAGCCGUGCAGGCCGCCGCCUUGGAAGUUGCUGUGGAUGAGCUGGUGCUGCGCAUUCUGCGUGAUAUGUUUAAAAACAAAGUGCUGCAACUAAGAGAGAGUGCGCCCAAGAGCAAGCCCAACAGCUCGGACAUAAUGACCACGCAAGACAUUAACCAGAGCGGUCGCUCGGCGCCCGAUCGUCGCUUGCUCAUUAGUCAAUCUACGCGCUUUCAGCUGACCAGCAUUGGUCGCGCCGCCUUCAAGGCGGGCAUAGACUACAAACGUACCUUUGCCAUACACAAGGAACUGCAGCUGGCGCAACAGCAGCUCAUUCUCACCAGCUAUGUGCAUCUGCUGUAUUUGGUCGUGUGCUUCAAUUCAAAUGAGCGUGGCGAUGAGCUGAUACCUGCCGAUGCGUCCAUACUCUUCCGCGAGUACAAUUUACUUCCAGCCCAGACUCAGGCGCUUUUCAAGCAGCUGGGCUUUACGGAAGCGCAUGCCGCUAAGCUAGCCAAGACGCAGUCCGUGCAGGGUCCAUUGGCACUGCAAUUGAAUCGCCUCUACAAAGUGCUCAUUUUAGCUGAUGUGCUCAGCCUACAUCCUCUGCCCAGCAUCGCCAGCAAGUACAAUGUAGAGCGUGGAACGCUGCAGCAGCUGAUCAGCCAAAGCACCGCAGCAGCCAGUGCCAUCGUUCGUCUGUGCGAGCAAAUUGACGAGUUCUGGUGCUUCAAGCCUCUGUUCGAGCGCAUCAAUCAUAAAAUGGAUCGCUGUGGCACGCAGGAACUGGAACCACUGCUCGAGCUGCCCGCUGUAAAGAUUAAUCGCGCCAAGCAGCUUUAUGCCGCUGGCUUUAGAACCAUCGAAGAUGUGGCCAAGACACGACCGUUCGAGCUGGUGAAAGCUGUGGAAUUCAUGCCACUUAAGGUGGCCAACGAAAUAAUAUCAGCUGCCAAGAUAAUUCUUAUGAAGAAGCUUGACCAUUUGGAGGAGGCAACGGAGGCUCUGAAGAGCUGCCUCUGUACCAGCGAAGCGCAAUAAAGUUCAAUGUAAAUAAGAUUUGGGAACUCAUUUAGUUUUUAGUUGUUUUGUUUCAUAUCUUUAAUUUUGUUUAAGCACUCGACUUGAGCCUAGAAUACAGCUUAAAUAUUAACACGCACACAAAAUGUUGUCUUGCAUACUAAAUUUAAA